GAAAAGUUAGCUUAUUAGUUCUUUACAUCCAUGAAGAGUAGUGGUACUGUAAUACACAUGGUUUAUCACAUUUGUUCUGUUUUUGUAGUUUGUUUGGUGUUGGGCGGCUUCUGUUCAACGGGCGGUAGCGUCCAGCAUCAGAUUAGUGAUGACGGUGUGGAUAUUUACAUUGUUCAUGUAAGUCCACUCACCAACACCAAUGGGUUGGAAUUGUCACAAGAUCAUUAUGCUGCUACCUAUCAUUACCAUCAAUCAUUUGUGUCAGGUCUCAUCAGCAGUGCCACUGCUGUUGGAGUAGAGUCAUCGUCGUCUCCAAUAAUACUACACUCAUAUCGGCAUGUGAUUUCGGGAUUCGCAGCAAAGCUGACGCCCGAGAUGGUGAGUGAAAUGAGCCGCAAGGAAGGGUUUAUAUCGGCCAGUCCCCAGAAAGUAUACCAUUUGCAGACAACCCAUUCUCCUGACUUCUUGGGGCUCCUCCGGCAAGACGUUGAUGGGUUUUGGCAAAAGUCAAGCGGUUAUGGGAAGGGUGUGAUAGUUGGGCUUUUGGACACUGGGAUCACCCCAAACCACCCGUCGUUUUCCGAUGAAGGCAUCUCACCUCCCCCUCCAAAGUGGAAGGGGACUUGUGAUUCUGACGUAAAGGCAUCUUGCAACAACAAACUCAUAGGUGCAAGAAGUUUCAUCGACGGAUCUUCGUCAUUAGAUGAAGAAGGGCAUGGCACACACACCUCCGGAACGGUUGCUGGAAACUUUGUGAAGGAUGCGUCCGUGUUUGGAAACGCUAAUGGCACGGCUUCUGGAAUGGCGCCACUGGCUCACGUGGCUAUGUACACGGUCUGUGACAUGUUUGGAUGUGUCUCUUCUGCCAUAUUGGCUGGAAUGGAUGCAGCCAUAGAGGAUGGCGUUGACGUCCUCUCUGUUUCCCUAGGAGGUGCCUCUCUAGCUUUUUUUGACGAUGUCAUCGCCAUGGGUACCUUUGCUGCUAUGAGGAAAGGCAUUUUUGUAAGUUGUGCAGCCGGCAAUUCUGGCCCCGAUCAACAAACAUUGUCGAAUGAGGCUCCCUGGCUUCUUACAGUCGGGGCUAGCACAAUCGAUAGACGCAUCAUGGCAACACUCAUUCUUGGGAACAAGGUCGAACUGGAGGGCGAAUCAGUUAACCAGGCUGAGGUCUUACCUCUCAUGCCUUCACUGCCUCUGGUAUACCCAAAAAAUGAUGAAACCUUCUGUGAGUCAUUGGAUGGAACAGAUGUGAAAGGAAAAGUGGUGGUGUGUGAGAGAGGAGGGGGGGUGAGCCGAGUUGGUAAGGGGGGAGUAGUGAAGGCUGCCGGUGGGGCCGCCAUGGUUUUAGUGAAUGAUAAAUCCAAUGGUGACUCAAUAUUAGCUGAUCCUCAUGUGCUUCCAGCUACCGAGUUGAGUUACAAUGAUGGGUUGAAGGUCAAAGCCUAUGUAAAUUCCACCUCAUCACCUACUGCAACUAUUGCAUUUAAAGGCACUGUUAUAGGGGAGAAAAAUGCACCAGCAGUUGCAUCUUUCUCUUCCCGAGGGCCUAACCAGGCUAGCCCAGGAAUUCUCAAGCCAGACAUUAUUGGACCUGGGGUCAACAUUCUUGCUGCAUGGCCCGAUUCAGUGGAUAAUGAUAUUAUUAAGAUGACAAUGAGUAAUUCAAGCCCACCAAAGUUUAACAUGAUUUCUGGCACCUCAAUGGCAUGUCCUCACCUUAGUGGCCUUGCAGCCUUGCUGAAGAGCGCACACCCCACUUGGUCUCCUGCUGCCAUCAAAUCUGCUAUCAUGACUACGGCAUAUCAGAACAACCUCAACGGCGACAAGAUCAAUGACGAAACAUCAAGUCCUGCUGAUUUCUUCGCCACAGGUGCAGGUCAUGUGAACCCGGGAAGAGCAAAUGAUCCCGGGUUGGUCUAUGACAUGCAACCUGAUGAUUAUAUCCCUUACCUAUGUGGUCUCAAUUACACGGAUCAACAUGUUCAAAUGAUUGUGCAGCAGAAAGUUAACUGUUCCAAUGUUACCAGCAUACGUGAGGCCCAAUUGAAUUACCCAUCCUUCGCUAUCCAACUCGGAACAAAAACUCAGUUAACAUUUUCGAGGACGGUUACCAACGUUGGAGAUGCAAAUUCCACGUAUGUCGCUAAUAUCACUACCACCCCGGGCGUUGAUGUUGAGGUUACGCCAAAAAGUCUGAUCUUCCGUGAGCUGAACCAGAAACUGUCUUAUAAUAUUACCUUCGCCCGAACUUCUAAUAAAGGUUUUAGUAAUGGUGAUAGUGAGACGGUUCAAGGGGCAAUAUCUUGGGUCUCUAGUAAGAACAUUGUGAGAAGUCCAAUUGUUAUUGCACCAUUGGGAUUAAGGAGUAUCAUCAUCGAUGAAAAAGUGGGGGUAGAUGCAGAAUGAUUGAUUACGCUUGACAAACUGCCUUUGCUACAAAAGUCUAGGCAAAAGGGUGUUUGGUUAUUCUUCUGAAAAUUUCAGUCUGAAACCAUUGCACAAGGUUACGUAUGUUGUAGUUGGAGAUUUGCAUUUGUUACCAUGUAUUUCACACGAGUCAUGACAAUAAAAACUAAAACUUAAGGGUGUUUGGCAAAGG